UUUGGAUAAAAUUAUCCAAUUUGUUUUUGUUUAAUCAAAUUAUAGUAAAAUUAAUUUCCUGGAAAAAGACCACUAGAUGUGUAGUAAGUAGCUCAACUUUCCCAUUUAUACCAUAAACAAGGUUGACUACAUUCUCUGGUUCAAUUUAGUAUGGAAGAAUACCCAGUAUGCUCUUAUAGUAUCUUUGACCUUUGCUGAAUGGAAAAAAGGAAAUAAAUAAAAGAAAAAACUGUAAUUUGACUUUUUUACCAAAACUAGUCACGUCUCUUCCUGUCCUAAAAAUCAACUUUUAAACAUCUGAAGCCAAAACAAUCUCCACACAUCUCAGCGCGGCCAACAGUUUUAAAUCCCCGACCAUCCGUUGCCAAAGGUUCUGUCUCCCACAACCCAAACCCUAACAAAACGCUCUCUUGCGCUCUCAGUGAUCACUCUUGUCUCUCUGCACUGAGAGUUGCACCAGGAUUCUCUCACUUUUGGUAAAGCCUCUCUUCUUCUCCUUAGCCUUAACCUUAUCGCCCUCUCCUUUUUUUUUGUCAUGGAGUGGUUCAUAGAUCUUAAGGAGUGUUUGAUAUUCUCUAUGUGUGGUUGAUGAGAAGUCAUAAAAUGAUCAGACCUUAUCCCAAAAUUUAAUCAAUACCUUUCCAUGCGGUUCGUCGUUGUAAUUUUCAAACUUGGAGUGUUAGGAGAAUGAUAUGAAUUUAUAUUUCAUCUUUUAGGGUUGCAUGUUUGCCUUUUCAACUAGAAUUCAAUUAUAUCCUCUUUAUAAAUAAAUGCCUGAUACGGUUUAUGCACACAUGUACUUGUUAGCUUCUACGCGUGGACGACCAAUUAUUUAAACUUGUAACUGACUGUUUUGGUUAACAAUGGUUUUUCAGUAGGAAGUGAAGGGAAAAGUACUCCUAGAGAUGGAUGCAAGAGAGGAAAACGAGGAUCCAAUGGAGAUGCAAGAUGACCAACAGAUGGAAGAAAACAACAAUCAAGAUGAGGAGAUGCAGGAUGUUGAUACAAGAUCUGAAAGUUGUGUUUCUCUUUCUGAUGAUGAAGAACAAUUGCUGAUGGGACAUGAUGAUGAGUUGGAUCUUGAGAAACCUCUGAGCGAGGAAGAGAUAGACGAGUUGAUUUCAGAGCUUGUGGGAGUAGAGAGUAAGGCGGCAGAAGCUCAAAAAGCAAUUGAAGAGGAGUCUCUUGCUAAAGUAGAGGGUGAGGUUAGGGAGAAACUAGCACGCACACUCCGUGGUGUUGAGCUGGAUAAAUCUGUAUCAGCUGAAAUGACGACUUUUAAAGACGUAUGGGAGGAAACUCUUGAUAAUCUUGAAGUUGAAAGUGCAAACUUGUUGGAACAACUUGAUGGUGCUGGAGUCGAACUUCCAAAGUUGUACAAAAUGAUUGAAAGUCAAGCCCCUAGUCGUUGCCACACAGAAUUUUGGAAAAAAAGAACCCACUGGGUUGGGACUCAGGUAACAGAAGAAACAGUGGAAUCAUUGGCAAACGCAGAGACUUUUCUUCACACACACCGUCCUGUCCGAAAACGACAUGGGAUACUUUUGGAGGAGGGAGCUAGUGGGUUUCUGGAGAAAAAGUUUGCUGAUGAUGGUGUUAAAGAAUCUCUAGCUGGACCAUCUGAACUUGACUGGUCAUCUCUCAACAAAGUUUUUACGGAAAAAAAAGAUGAGGCUGUCUCCUUUGGUAGUAAGAAUUGGGCUUCUGUUUACUCGGCAAGCACUCCACAACAAGCUGCAGCCAUGGGAUUCGAGUUUCCAGGAGUCAAUGAGGUGGAGGAAAUUGAAGAGAUUGAUGCAGUCUUGGAAGGUACCUUUUUUGCUGAUGCAAUGGAAAACGAAAGAGAGCUUGCCCUAGCUGAAGAACAAAAGAAAAACUAUAAAAGGGUCAGAGAGGAUGAUGAUAUAAAUAUUGAUCGUCAACUUCGACUUCAUUUGAAUCGGAAGAGACGCAAGACAAGAUCUAAACAGGUUAUCAGGCACGAGGCAGAGAAUAGUGAUGAUGAGUCUGCGUGUUUGUAUGAGAAUAACACUGUCCCUAACCGAGCUAGCAUUGUUGGUAUUCCAGAUGACGCUUCAAGUGAUGAACAUAUAGACUGCAACAUGGUUGUGGGAGAGAAACAAAGAACUAUGAGUGGUUUGCAAGACGAAGUAGAUGGCUACCUCCAUGAGGACUGGUGGGUGGACUCGCUUGACAAAACUAACUACAAGGACUCGGACUAUAGUGGCAAAAUGAUCUUGCUGCUGGAUAUUUUAACCAUGUGUGCUGAUGUGGGUGAUAAGGCCCUCGUGUUUAGCCAGAGUAUCCCAACACUGGAUCUCAUAGAACUUUAUCUUUCAAGGCUACCUCGUAAUGGCAAACAAGGAAAGUUCUGGAAGAAGGGUAAAGACUGGUACAGAAUUGAUGGAAAAACCGUAAGCUCAGAACGCCAGAAGUUGGUUGAUAGGUUCAAUGAGCCUGAAAACAAAAGGGUGAAAUGCACACUAAUCUCAACCAGAGCUGAAUCCCUUGGGAUUAAUCUUUAUGCUGCUAACCGUGUGAUCAUAGUCGAUGGUUCAUGGAAUCCAACUUAUGAUCUUCAAGCUAUAUAUGGAGCUUGGAGGUAUGGUCAGAAGAAGCCAGUAUUUGCCUACAGGUUGAUGGCACGUGGGACUAUUGAAGAGAAGAUAUAUAAACCGCAAGUGACUAAGGAGGGGCGUGCUGCAAGAGUUGUGGAUAGACAACAAGUGCAUAGGAACAUCUCCAAAGAAGAGAUGUUGCAUCUUUUUGAAUUUGACGAAGCUGAAGAUAGUCAAAACACUUCACAGAAGGUUGGUUGCUGCUCAGACAAGAUGAUGGAGAACUUACUACAGAGACACAACCCCAAUUGGAUCUCUAGUUUACAUGAGCAUGAGACAUUGCUAAAAGAAAAUGAAGAGGAGAAACUGACAAAGGAAGAAAAAGACAAGGCCCGGGAAGUUUACAGGAGAGCGUUUGAGUGGGAAGGAGUUCAGCGUGUAGCUCCAGAGCUCCAAAAACCUUUGCCUUCACCACAAACAGUGCCCCCACGGCUCCCAAAGAGGUUCAACAGAAGUCGUUUUGUGAUCCGCAACUGCACUAGAACGGCGCAUCAGCGUACAUUCAUAGCCCAAGGAAGAAAAGUUGGUAGCAGCACGGUUUGUGGUGAGUGUGGGCUCGUCUUAACGUGGGAAGAUGUUACUACACCUGCGCACAAAAUAGAUUACUUUUGAAACAUUGCAAAAGAGCUUGAGUUUGCUUUUUGCUUAUUUUAAGUUUGGAACUGAAACCAAGAUAGAGUUUACUUGAACUCAUGCUGAAACUUGUGUCUUAUAAACCUAAAGUGAUUUGAG